AUGUCUCCACGAACCACUACCACUGUCACCGACACUGCCAGCGAAGACGACGUGUGGACUUCGGGCUAUCGCAGUUCUCCAGUUACCAUUAAAUAUCGAGACAUUUACAAUCUAAUGAACGUACACUCGCGUAACGAUCUCCACGGCAUUCGACGCACAAAAAUGAUGGGCAUAUGCUGUAGUAUAGCUGGAUAUGGCUCUACCAUCCUUGAACGACGACCCGUUCUCGGUUCAUCCGAUUCGGCAGGAAAAUGGGAUCCUCGAGAAGAAGCACAGAUUUACUGCGUCAGUCUUAUAUUCCUGGCCGAGCAGAGAUCCGUAUCCUGGAUUAUGACGACCGUCCUGUCCACAUUCAACGCUACUUUUCCUAAUCCUCGCUAUGCCCUUGAAUGGGUACACACAUUUGCCGAAUUUAUUUCUGAUUUUCUCAUCUCUAACACCCACUCAGCGCUUAUGCACUACUCCCCUCAAUCCCAACCAAAGGCCACCGAGGGCGACAUCUCUCUCAAGCAUAUUUGGCGAAUACCAGUAGUCACUAGAUUGCAGCAGAAAUUUCGACGGGCUCAUAAUGACGAUGCCAAUGUUGAGACGACAUCGUUGAAAGGAAGCAAUAUCGGAUAUGACGACCUAUCCUGCUCCACUAUGGAAACUUGCGAUGGCGAGGACCAACGGCGCAUCACAAAUCAUGAUUCUGAACGGCUACAUACUGUAAUAUUAGAACUGGCCGAAGGCGAGUUUAGUGGGGCGAGGAGUACGGGAAGAAAGAUCAUCGAGUAUCCAAACUUCACGGAUAAUGGGUCUGUUUUAAUGUAG